AAAUCAAAUCCGACCGAGCCAUAAACACAAAAAUAUUGUAAACUGCGAGAGACGUAAAUCUCGCAAUUUAAAAACUCAUGUAAAUACGUAGUGUCUUAGUAUGUGCUAAUACUAACUAAUACACAAACAGAUAUUAAAAUGGCACAAUUACCCCUUGGAAUUAAAACCCAAACUCAGAAACUUUGCAGCGUAUAUAAAAGAGCUUUACGGGAUUUGGAGUCGUAUUACGAUAGGCGACAUGUAUAUCGUUUCCAAGCAGUCUUGCUUCGUGACAGGUUUGACAAAAUACUGGAGCUGAAGGAUCAGAGAGAAUUCAAUAAACGCGUACAGGAAGAAGAGGAUCUUCUGUUCAAGUAUAUUCACCCAAUUCCAAGGAAAUUUCCUCAUAGUGUGGGUGGUGUAGCAUACAAGCGGGUAGUGACUCCUCCUGACUGGGUCCUGGACUACUGGCACCCAUUGGAGAAGGCUCAGUACCCUGAAUACUUCAAGCGCAGGGAGCAACGUAAAAAGGAAUAUUUGGCUAUUUGGGAGAAGGAACAUGGCAAGCCUGGGUCUGAUGAGAAACAUCAUUAAUUUGUAAAUAGAUACAGUAUCACUGUUUACUAUAGAAAAUAUUAUCAAUCAAUAAUAACUGAAAA